AUGCCAUCCAGCAUCCUGCAAGCACUGUCGAGCCGUGGGACGCUGGUGCUGGAGGCAGCACUGAGGAGUGCACUGCUGGCACUGGAACGGGCGCUGUCCGAGCAGCAGCGGCAGCGGGGGGCCUGUGGACUCUGUGCCCCCUGCCUCUUCCCACCCUGCGCCAACAUCACCAGCCAUUGCCCACGUGACACUAGCCGUGCCCCCCAGCUGCCAGGCCCUGCUGGAUGCCCAGGCACUGCCCGAGCUGCCCCAGCGCAACUGGGCACUGAGCCAGGCCUGUGCCCCCUACCAGCACCUGUGCCCACCUGAGGGGGCCCCACAAGCCUGUGCCCCACUCAGCGCCCGGCUCUGCCAGCACCGCCUCCAGGAGUGCCAGACGGCAGCCGCAGUCCCGAGUCCGGACGCAGCAGCAGAGGUGGCAACGCCAGGAACCGUAACGAGCUGGCGUGGACCGUGGUGGUGGGCGACCACGAGCUGGGCAAGCCGGGUGUGGGCGAGAGGGCAGUGCCCGUCCGGCGCAUCUUGCCUCACCCUAAGUUUAACCCCAAGACGUUUCACGGGGACCUGGCAUUGCUGGAGCUGGCGGUGCCACUAGCCUUGUCACCCACCGUCAGCCCUGUGUGCCUUCCCAGUGGCCCCACAGAGCCCAGCCCUGGCACCCCCUGCUACAUCGCGGGCUGGGGCUCCCUCUACGAAGAGGGACCAGUGGCCGAUGUGGUGAUGGAGGCGCAGGUGCCCCUGCUCAGCCAGGAGACGUGCCGGGGUGCCCUGGGCAAGGACCUGCUCACCAGUGCCAUGUUCUGUGCUGGGUACUUGUCUGGAGGCAUCGACUCCUGCCAGGGCGACUCAGGGGGCCCACUGGCGUGCCAGGACCCCACUUCACACCACUUUGUCCUCUACGGUAUCACCUCGUGGGGUGAUGGCUGUGGUGAGCGGGGCAAACCAGGAGUCUACACCCGCGUCACUGCCUUCACGGACUGGCUCAGCCUCCAGAUGGACUCUGCCCCUGGCAGCCGAGAACCGAGCUGCUUUGACCUGCUGGCGCUGGCCCAGCUGCCCCCAGAGCGGCAGAAACCCGAGCGUGCCCGUCUCUGCACCUUCUACGCUGGAUCCUGCCGGGCACCUCAGGGCCGGACCACUUGUGCCCACCUGGCUGAGGAGACCUGCCGUGCCAGGAUAAGACGAUGUGGUGAGCUGGGGGACUGUGGCAGAGCUAGGGUGUGGGGAGGGACCCCUUUUGGUAGCGUGAGGCUGGUGUGGUGCCAGGGCCAUGUGCACACAGGGUCCUCUGUGCCCACAGAGCUGCACUCCUACGCCCAGACCCUGGUGGAUCUCCUGCGCCAGGCUGGGGACUUCAUCCGAAACCAGUUUGAUUUCUCCUUCCUCACCCGCACUCUGCCCCAGCUCCUGGGCAAGAUCUAUGGGCAUUUCUUCCCUCCCCGUGUCCGCAGGGAUAUCCCAGACCUGGCUGUGGCAGGGGGCCAUUCAAGGCCCACAGCAGAGGGACCCCAGAAAGUCCCCACCAGGUGGAGGGCCAGGCGGCUCCCCCCCUUUGCAGACCUCUUUGAGGCAGUGGGGCCCCAACUGCAAGACUGGGUGGAGGCACUGAGGGCCAUGGCAGGGGGCAGCCCUCUGGUGCCCACAAGGGACAGGAAACAGCUCCCCGGGGAGAUGCAGCUCUUUCUGCAGCAGGGUGAAGAUGUGGUGGAGGAGAUGGUGGGACAGGGACGAGCCUUCCUCACCCAGCUGCAGGCAGAGUUGGACCUUGGCACCGCCCUGGAACCUACGGAGCCACGACAGGCACCCGGAGAGCUGGCAGGGACCUCUUUGCCAAGCCGGUCCGCACUGAGGGAGAAACGUGAGCUGGUGUCCACAGAGCUGCCCAGGGUGGAGGAGGAGGAGGAGGAGGCAGGCACUGGCAGAGCCUGCCCCGGCCUCAACGAGUCGGCAGUGCGGGUGGGUGCGGUGCGGGAGCUGUACGCUUGGGUGCUGCGGGUGCCCGAGACCGACCUGGCCAUGACCUUCCAGGAGAUCCUGGUGGACUUGGGCUCCAAAAACACCAAGGGACUGUACCGGGCACAGGUGCGGGCCACUGUAGGGGGCCGCCCCACGGCCUUCACUGGCCUCGUGGGGCUGGAGAGCGACUCGCUGGCCCGCAGCAUGCCCGGCCUCGUCGCUCUGGCACUUGAAGCGCUGAAAACCUAA